AUGGCCACUACAUCCCAACCUAUCGCUUUCCAGUCUCCUAAUCAUCCGGAUUUCCACAUGGCAUCUGGUUCAUUCACUGGUAACAACAGUACUAGUGCCAGGUCUUACUUUAUAGGUUCACCAAUAUCGUGGCGUGCCGGCUCAUUUGGAAGCCGUUUCUACCCUGGUUGUUCCCCUGGUCAACUUCUGGGUCCAUUAGACCCUAACGAAUUCAAGUGUGCCAAGUUGUCAUCUUCUAUCGAUAGCGACCGUGGUUCAAUUCUGAACGCUCUCGGUGCCUUCGACAAGGAGGACGAAAUGUGUCGCAAUUACACAUGCUGUGGUCUACAGUUAGAUGAUUUGCAUGCUCUGCUACAGCAUUUCGAGGAGGUUCAUGUUGUCGUGCUUGACCCGUUUGGUCACCCUCAGUUCCCAGUCAUCCCUUCUCUACCUCAUAACACAACUACGUCCUACUUCUCAGACCUUCAACAGCACCCUCAAUCUUACAACCAAGGUGGUUUUGAUCCUGAUGACAUGGAACUCGAUAUUGAUCAGGGCAGCAUGUCAAACGCGCCAACGCCCCCUGACACUCCCCUCAGUACUCCGCUGUCAUCACACCCUACUCAUUCGUUUAACCACUUUGGACAGUCGAAGCCUGCGUCCCCACAUCUUCCCGUGUCGGCAUUUGAUACGACGACUGUGCUUCCUUCCCGCUCUGUGCAUGGCUCAGCAUUCCCACCGUCUCGAAACGGUCUUCCCAAUGUGGCAAAUGCACCCGAUGCAUUUAAUGCUUACGCUGGUUACUCUGACUUCUCAUCCUCAAUGCCUGGCACUGUUCCUUCCUCAACCGGAAGCGAGGAUAUUCACGCACCUGUCACACCUGUCAGUGAGCCGGGUAGUCCCUACGGCUGUCUUCCUCCAGCUGUGGUUUUCUCCACAUGCAAUACCCCUGUUACCACUCCUUCAGUCUCUCGCAUGCCAUCUCCAGCAAGCGCCUCGCCCCAUCCCGUACCCCCCGCGGCCGCUCCUCAUUCCUCGGCAUCCUCGGAUUCUCCUGCUUCUCCCAAAGUUCUCACAUCACAGCAAGUCAAUCAGCGUGCUAGUACCACGCUCUCUCGCCCUGCGUCAUCAUUACUAUUAUCGAAGCCUUUCCGCUGCCCGAAGCCAAAUUGCAAUAAGAGCUACAAGCAAGCUAAUGGGCUCAAAUAUCACAUGACUCAUGGCAGCUGUAACUUUGCGCCACCCAAAGACCUCGAGCAAGUACAAGCACUACUGGCUAGUAAGCGGUCCGCCCGCGAGGCUGCUGGGGACGAUCAGGGGAUCACAGAGGGUGACAUGCGUGAAGUCGAACGGGAGGCAGAGCGCAGACUGCGGCCCUUUGCUUGUGGGGUCAGUGAUUGCCAGCGCCGAUACAAGAACAUGAACGGUUUGCGGUAUCACUACCAGCAUUCGGGUGACCAUGGUACAGUUGGCUUGGCCCUUCUUGCCAGUGGACAGCACGAAUGUCUACAACAUGCGCAUGGACGGAGUAGCAAUGCAAGCUCACGGCAUUCAACACCGGUGACGAGCGGAACCUCUACGCCAGUAAGCGGACACAUGACAUCGACGUAUGCUCAGCAAUAUCAGCAACAGAUGUUUUACUCGUCCGCACAACAGCAGUACUUGCGCCAGCAGCAGGCUCUACAAGCACAAGUACAAAUCAGCUAUCCUGCUGUCUCGGCUGAAGCUGUCCCUAUCAUGGUUGCGCAACAAUAAAGAUAUACCCUCGUUCAAAAUGUAACAGUCCGAAAGGAUUAUGCUUAUUCGAAGAUGUGAUUUAUGAACCAUCCCUACUGGCUGUCGAAUACCCCUCCUCGCUUCCUAUCGACCCCGUCUCCUUCACUAUCUGGAUCCCUGGUAGAAAAGUAAAAAUUAUUCUUAUUGGUCGACUAUUGUUUAUAUUCCCAUUUUUGGCCUCCCUCACUCGGCUUAUCUCCUUCCUCUAUGCGUUUCUUCUUCUACCGACUCGUGACACAUCCCAGUCAACGCCUAUUGUUUUUCAGAAUCAUUUGUUUCCUUUGCGUCUGGCGCGUCUGGUACGACAUGCUGCUUCCUCUUAUUUCUUUGGUUUAUUCCCUGCGCCUCCCGCCUCUCCUAGAGCAUAGCAGCUUUCGUACAUUCUCUAAAAGCCGGGAUUGUAUAUUAUUAUGCAGGCUGGCAUCUCUUUAAUCUUGAUCUCUGUCCAUCUCUCAU